AUGACAAGCGCUUCUGCUCAAUCUCAAAUAAAAAAGCUAACAACAAAAAAUGACACGUUAACAUCAUUUAGCACUAUUCUGGAUAGAACAAUCGAAAUAAAAGAAUAUCUAAGAAAAACAUCAACAUCAUUUGAUGAAACAUGGACAUGCAUAAAAUGUUAUUGUUGUACAAGUUUGAAGAAAGAUUCGGGCAUAAUACAUAUCAGCAAAGUGAAAGGCGAAUUUUUUUGUUCGAAGUGUUUAUCAAGAGGUAGUUGGGAAGAUUUUCAAAAUCAACUUGAAUCUAUUAAAAUCAGAAAAACAUGUCCGAAAGAAAAACUAAAGCAUGUAUUACCUGAUGAUUUAAAUGAAAUAUGGAAGAAAGCAAAAAUUUUAACAGAACUCCAAAAAGACGAUGAUCUUCAUGCUAUUUUGGCUAAUUAUGGUUUUGUUGAUCAUGUGUUAUCUAUUGCCUCACUUCAUAAAUAUGGUAUUAAAUUAUAUGAAGACAAAUUGAUAGCACCACUAUUUGAUGCUGAUCGUGUAUCAUUAAUUGGAAUUGUUCAGUUGGAUGCCUCCAAUGUGACUCAGCAAAAAUUAAAUACUCCAUUUGGUUUAAAUAUUUUAACUCAACGAAAUUCCGAAGCAAUUAUUGUUGAUAAUAUUUGGGACGCACUUUGUCUGUACGAAAUAACGGGAAAAGCUGCUAUUGUCUUACCAAAUUCUAAAUUAUCUAUACAGACAAUUGUUCUACUCGAAAAUUUGAGAAAAUUACAAAUAUGGUGUACAGAAAAAGUAUUGGCAUUUCGUUUAGCGACGAUACUAAAUCCUCAUCGUUGCUAUAUUGUUAGUCAUCCAGUCAGUGCACAAACAGCAUUCAAAAACGGAGAAAACGUACGAUCAAUAGUCAAAGACAGUUUUGCUGUUAUUAAUAAAUGUAUUCAAGAAUUCAAAUCAUUGAGAGAAGAAGUUUUAGCUGAAAUGAUGCAUGCCACUAAACUUGCCGGUAUUCAGUGGCAACGAUUUCCACAAUUAACACAAAUUCUUAAAGGGCAUCGUAGGGGUGAAUUAACUGUUCUUACUGGGCCGACUGGCUCUGGGAAAACAACAUUUCUCAGUGAAUAUUCCCUCGAUCUGUGUAUGCAAGGGGUUUCAACAUUAUUCGGUAGUUUUGAAAUACAAGCGCAUCGUUUAGCAAAAAUAAUGUUGACACAAUAUUCUGGACUUAAUUUGUCAAAAAAUUUGCAUGUAUUUGAACAAUAUGCAAAUUUGUUUGAGCAAUUACCUAUGUAUUUUAUGACAUUCCAUGGACAAGAAAAUAUAGACAAAGUUAUUGAGACAAUGGCAAAUGCAGUCACAAUUCAUAAUAUAGAACAUGUUGUUAUUGAUAAUUUACAAUUUAUGUUGGUUAUUCAUCCAAGAAAAGAAGCUGAAGAAGAAGAAUUAGCCAUUUCAUCGAUAUUUGGAACUGCUAAAGCAUCACAAGAGUCAGAUAAUAUAUUAAUAAUACAAAAUCGAAAGUUACCAAAUGCAACCGGUUAUAUGAAAUAUUUACAAGUAGGUAAAAAUCGUUUCGAUGGUGAAUUGGGAAAGUUUCAACUACGUUUUGAUAGAGACCGACUAUCGUUUUCUCGUUUGAGAAAAGAUAUCAAAAGUGAUGAAGUAAUUAUAAAUUCAAGUGAAUCAAAAGAUACUUCCGUAACUGAAUCACUGGCGAUGUUAACUAAAAGUUAA